GUAAUGAGAAGGUUUAGAUUUGAUUUAAGCAGUCUUAUGUAAAAAAAAAUCUGGUUCACUUUGUGCUCCGCUACUUCGGAUUUAACCCACCCCUGGGCAAAACUGAACAUUGUUUCGAGAUGGGCCAAAGAAAUUGGCACACCUUGCUGGCUAUCGUGCUUUUGUUGGUCACUGUGGGACACUGUGAAGGCAGAGCAGAAUCGAGGCAGAAAGCGAGACAAUCACCUCUAGAUCUCAUUUUACAAGGCAUGAGAGACAGCAAUCACGGGGACAGGCAAAUAGCCAAACGAUACAGCACUUUAUACGCCUUCGACAAAGACUACAAGCACUUCACGAAAGAAAAAGCCGCGUUUGUCCCGAGGUUGGACAAACCAAUAGAGGUUGUCCAUAGAGACCCUAAUGCAAAAGAAAAGUUCAUAAAGCAUUUUGCAGCAGGACCAAUCUCAUUCUCAUCUGAAUGCAGUAAGCAAUUUCACCGCCUCUAUUAUAACACAAGGGAUUGCUCUACACCAGCUUACUAUAAAAGAUGUGCAAGGUUACUAACAAGACUAGCUAUGAGCCCAUUGUGUGCUCAACACUGAAUAUUUGCCACACCAAAAUCAUUGAAGAUGGAAAUGCGAUUUGCCUAGGAAGUGCCUUGAGAAUUUCCCGAGAUGGAUUUGAAUUACAGUUGAUAUGUUUUGGUUUACAGCAUUGUUUGUUAAAUUACUGAAUGCUUUUUAUUUUCAUAUGUGUUCAAAAACAUUCCACUUUUUGUGUUAAUUAAACAUAUCUUUGAUUUCUAAUAUUAUCACAUAGAAUGCAAAUAAACCAAUUAUUUAUUGAAAUACUUUGUAUAUAAUGAUCUGCACUGAUGAGCUAUUGUAAUCAAUACAGAAAAUCUCUGUGAUAUGAAGUGAUAGCCUUUAUAGGUUCUCAUUUUAUUGUUGUGGCUUAAAGAAAAUGCCAGCAGUAGACCAAGGCUGUGAAAUUCCAGUAUCAGCAGUUAUUUUAACAGAAGUGCCAAAUAAAUAGCAGUAUUCUAAUUAAAAGAGAGAAAGGUAAAAUUGGGACUUCCAGAGAUAUAAAUCAUUCUUCCAUUCUUCCUUGUGUAUUAAAGAGAUCUAUGAGAUUCUCAAAGCUUAUUGAGAUCAACUGAAAUGAAGGCACAGUAGUUACCACAAUAAAAAUUCAGUGCAUGAAGAUGUGUUCCCUUUAUACAUUCCCCAAGUGAUGUCAAUGGUUUAUCCCUCUUCAGUGAUUUGUCUUCAUGCUGCUAAUUUAAAACAUUCCUCACAACAGGUAGUCAGUGUUUGAUUAUUGUAUUUUAAAUUUGAUGAUUUUUCACAAUUUGAAAUCGGCCAAGAUGAUGUGCUGAUUUUGUUUUACAACGAUUUAUGUCAUUGUAUUGGUCCUCUACAGUUUUGCUUAGAUUUGUUUUCAUUAUUUGCACUGAUCUUGAAUGCAAUGCAAUUCCCCUUCAAUAGGAGCUGUAAAAUAAACAUUAUUCCUUACAAAAAGUAACAAACGAUAUUGGUACGUUACUUUAGUUCUGAAGUUCUGUUGCAAUGUACUGCACAUUUAGAAUUUAAGCUCAAACUAUACCAUGCUUUGGAGUAGUAUUUUGUAGCUUUUAUGAAUUACCAAUGGUACUGGCACUAAUGUAAAAUGUUGCAAAUAAUGUAGAUAAAGCAAAGACUAGAAUACUA